CGCAACUAUUACAAAUGGACAAGCCAAAGGAAAAGUUUCAAAUCUACCAAAAUGUUUUUAACGAUUUUAUUACAAAAAAAGAUAAAAUGGUUAACUCUCUAAGCUGUAAUGUUGAUGAUAAUCAAACUAAAAUUCAUGCUUAUAAAAGUCUUCUGGUCCAGAAAGAGAAUUAUAUACGAAAUUUGAAAAAAAAAAUUGAUAAAUGGACUUUGGCCGAAAAAGCAAAUAAAGAAGUGACAAAUGAUAUGAAGACUACCAUUAAAGAAUUACGCAAUUAUGCAGGGGAUUUGGAAAAGAAACACCAAGAUUUAGAAACGAAAUAUGAAAAAAAACUUGCUAUAAAACAAAAAGAGAUAUCGGAUCUAAAAAACACUAUUGCGUCGCUACAAUUGAAGCAUAGCGAUUUCGAGAAAAAGAUUGCUUCUCAAUUAGCUGAAAUGGAUAAAUUAAACAAAAAAUAUAUUAAAGAAGUUACUCAACUGGUAACUUCAAAUACUGACUUAGUAAAACAAUUAAAUGAUGCAUGUAUAGAACUGGAAAAUACUCAAAAAGAAUUUAAUUCCUUCCGCGUGGAAGAGAAAGUACGUUUUGAGAAACAGCGCUUGGAAAAUCAAAGAGAAAUGAUAAUGUAUGAAAAUGAUGUCAAAAAUUUAAAAGAUGAAUUAAGCAAAGUUCAAGCAAAGUUGGUUGAAUGUGAAACAAACAAAAAUAAAAUUAUUGAAGAGCAACGUUUCAAAAUACGUGAAAUAGAACGCGCUUUGGAAAAUCCUGUACUGUCUGUGGCUGCAAAUAAUACUACCAAAAAGACAGUUGGAGUUGCAAAAUCGAUUCCACAGGAAGUUAUAAUACAAUUAUCAGAUACAGAAAAAACACCUAAUACAUUACCAAAGUAUAGUACAAGAAAACGACGACAGCUUCUAAGUCAAGCAACUAAAAAACCUUUGGUCAAUAAGUUGCGUAAAAUUAAUAGUACAAGCACUGAUGAUACUGACGAAGAUACUUACUUUCUUAAUAAGUUCAAAUCGACUGCAUAUAAUUUCGCAUUACGUAAGGAGGAUCAGCAAGUUGAAAAGUCAAAAGAAAAACCAUCAUCGAAUGAAAUAACUUUUGAUUUAAUUAAAAAUUCGACUACUCGUUUACCAUUAAAAGAAAAACAUAAUCAACUCCAAGCGGACAAAUGAAUUUAAGUUUGUUAAAUUUAUCAUUGUUAUCACUAGAAUUUAUCAAC